UUCUUGAAUUUCAUCCUAUUUACUUCAGACCAUUUCUCCUUUGGUCCUAAGCGAUAUGCAACUUCUGAAGUAUUCCAGACUCAUGGGUGCCACACCAUCUAGAAUGGCAGCAAGUCCUGCUUCUUUUGUCCCUGUGUCCAUUGCAGAAUGGGUUCCUACUGUACUCUUGUGCCAAUGUACUGCCAGUCUCACAUCACUGCAGUAGCAAUCUGUCUCCCAGGGACAUGUUUAGCCCUAUGGGGGGUGGCACUUGAAUCACAUUUGACACCUUUCCUCGGUGGGUGUGGCUUCAGCCAGCCGGGCGCAGAGGUAGGGCCAGACAUCAGAGUAUCCCCAGAAACGCUGGGCCUGCUGUCUGGGGCGAAGAGGUUCCCUGGCUGCAGCAGCUAGUGCUCUGUAAGUGCGGCAACACAAACCUGGCGAGGCACCUUGCAGAGGCCGGGCCGGUCUGACCCCCCGGCGCUGACUGCGCGGGCGAGGGGCGGGAUUUCUCCCCUUUCCCUCACGCGCAAAGGAGGCUUCCCGCAACACUCGCCCUCAGGCUGCGCGCAGUGGGGCCAGGACUCCCCGGAUUCGGAGCACCAGCGCAGCCAGCCUGGGGACCACCCGAGCUGUCUGGACAGGAGAAGACGAAGUGGGUUCACGGUGGUCGUGCCGAGCGCGUUGCCAGGACAACCACCCAUAACAAACCUGAUUGGGCCAAAAAAGUAAAACCCGCCCCAGCACAGCGGGGAGCGGGGUCCGUGCGUCACCACGCUGGGCGAAGGGACACUGUCCAAUCGAAAGAGGCGGCCCUGCUGCACCAAGGGACAACAAGCCCGACGCUGCUGAUCUCCGCUCACGUCACUGCUCGGCGCCGUCGCUCGCGCGGCUGUGCGUCCAGAAGGCGCGACCGAAGGACGCCCUAGCCCCGCCCCCAGCCUCUCUUGCGGGAACUCCGCUCCGCGCACGCGCAGCCAUUGCCGCGUCGAAUCUGUUCUCCCUAGUACCGGUCCGUUUCAGGCACGCGCUGUUGUGACGUGAAGUCCCGUGUCCGGUCCGUCCUGGGCCCCGCUCCGCCAUGCGAUGUCCGCGCUAAACUGGAAACCCUUCGUGUACGGCGGGCUUGCCUCCCUGGUGGCCGAGUUCGGGACCUUUCCUGUGGACCUCACCAAAACGCGCCUCCAAGUGCAAGGUCAAAGCGUUGAUGCUCGCUUCCAAGAGAUCAAGUACCGGGGCAUGUUUCAUGCCUUGUUCCGCAUCUAUAAGGAGGAGGGGAUUCUGGCUCUCUAUUCCGGGAUUGCUCCUGCAUUGCUGAGACAGGCAUCUUAUGGCACCAUAAAGAUUGGCAUUUACCAGAGCCUGAAGCGGCUGUUUGUAGAUCGCUUAGAAGAUGAGACGCUGCUAAUCAACAUGAUCUGUGGAGUGGUUUCAGGGGUGAUCUCGUCCACGCUGGCCAACCCGACAGAUGUGCUGAAGAUUCGAAUGCAAGCUCAAGGCAGCUUAUUCCAGGGGGGCAUGAUUGGCAGCUUCAUCGAUAUCUACCAGCAGGAAGGCACACGGGGGCUCUGGAGGGGUGUAGUCCCCACGGCGCAGAGAGCUGCCAUUGUGGUUGGAGUGGAGCUGCCAGUGUAUGACAUCACCAAGAAGCACCUGAUCCUCUCAGGGUUCAUGGGGGAUACGAUCCUUGCCCACUUCGUUUCCAGUUUUACAUGUGGGCUGGCCGGAGCCAUUGCCUCCAACCCAGUGGACGUGGUGCGAACACGGAUGAUGAACCAGAGGGCAAUAGUGGGGAGUGUGGAGCUCUAUAAAGGCACGCUGGAUGGUCUAGUAAAGACAUGGAAGAGUGAGGGCUUCUUUGCACUCUAUAAAGGGUUCUGGCCCAACUGGCUCCGGCUUGGCCCUUGGAAUAUCAUUUUUUUUAUCACAUAUGAGCAGUUGAAGCGACUCCCGUUCUAGGGCUUCCUCCAAUCCAUGAGCACAGCCUCCAAGACGUGCAGUUGGGAAUGAGCAGCCUGAAGUUGCCGCCCCUUUUUUUUCCACUCAUUUAAUCUUCCUGUGUCUUGAUGUCUUGGCAUGCGUGGAUUGGGACCCGCAGUCCACUGAACAUCUGGUCCUUGGAGCACGUCCUGUCUGCAGUGGAGCGGAGGCCAGAGGAAGAGAUUGUGUGUUCUAGGGGAAUUAUUAAUUGUGACAGUGUCUGGGCCUGAAGCCGUUUCUUCUGUGAAGACUAGUGCGGUGCUGUGGCCUUGCAGUACAGGUCUGGUAUGUGCUGGUUGGGCGGGUGUGCAUUGCUGCGCCCUGCCUGACGGGCGGGACAGAAGAUGGAGCUGGAGUGAGGGUGGCCAUGUUUUCCUGCAGACCUGUAACCUCAUUAAACUAUUUAUUGAUAGA